AUGAGUAAAGGAAAAUUGAGGGUUGCUCUCAAAAACAAGAAGAUUAUCGAUGCCUCUGCUGAGCAGAAAAAGCCUAAGGCCUCUGUUCCAAAACUCGAGAAGCCAGUCCUUCAAGAGGUCGAGCCAGAGCUGGACGAAGAAACCGAGCUCGCAGAAUUGCAAGAACUCAGAGAAUUGCAAGCCAAAGAAACCACUUCCAAGAAAGAGAAGCGUAGAUUGAAGAAGCUCAUGGACACUUACGGCGAACGUUUGUCCCAAAUGGAGGCUGAAGAAGUCGUUGAAGACGAGGAGGACGAAGAGGUUGAGGAAGAUUUUGACUACAAGAAAUUAGCUGACAGUGAGGAUGAUGAGGAUGAGGAUGAGGAUGAAGACGAGGAAGAAGAGGAAGAGGAGACAAAGCAAGCUGAUAUCGAGAAGGAGGAGCAAAAGGAGGAUGAAGACGAGGAAGAGGAGGACCCUGAGGCCGAGGAGGAAGAUGUCGCAUUAUCUGACGCUGAGCUAGACUCCGACGGAGAUGUCGUGCCACACAGCAAGCUCACGAUAAAUAAUAUCGGAGCCCUUAAAGAGUCUCUUGCCAGAAUACAACUUCCUUGGGACAAGCACGCAUUCACUGAACAUCAAUCUAUCAUGAGCGCUGAGAGAGCCGAGGAGGGUAUUAAAGAUAUCUACGACGAUACUGAGAGAGAGCUUGCAUUCUAUAAACAGGCAUUGGAUGCCGCUAAACAAGGUAAAGCCAACUUGUUGAAGUUGAAGGUUCCAUUCACCAGACCUCUAGAUUACUUUGCUGAGAUGGUCAAGAGUGACGAGCACAUGGACAAGUUGAAGAGCAAGUUGUUGAAGGAGGCUGCUGACAUCAAGGCUACUGAGGACGCCAAGAAGCAGAGACAGCUCAAGAAGUUCGGAAAGAAGGUGAUGCACGAGACUUUACAAGAGAGAGCUAAACAAAAGAAGGAUACCUUGGAGAAGAUCAAGUCUUUGAAGAAGAAGAGAUCUUCUAACGAGAUCUCCAAUGAUGACGACUUCCAGAUUGCCUUGGAAGAGGCCACCGCCGAGGAUGAGAGACCUAAGAGACACAAGCCUAACGGCAAGAGAAUGGCCAAAGACUCCAAGUACGGCUUUGGUGGCAUGAAGAGGGGCCUGAGAAGGAACGAUGCUGACUCUUCUGCUGACAUCUACGACAAAGGUAAGGGUAAAGGAAAGGGCAAGUCAGUCAGACCUGGCAAGAGUAAGAGAGGUAGACGUUAA